AUAUUCAUAACUAAUCUUGCGUGCUGCCAUUCCAAUUUUAACAGCAUUCCUGUGUCCUUUUCUGGGAUGCCUGUUUUUCUUUCACUGAUGAUGAUAUGAUUGAAUACCAGACAUACAAAACAAGCUCAGGUCUCUACCCUUAUCCCAGUCGCAGCCCCCAAAAAACCAUUUACUUUUUGUCCAACUUUAUUUUAUCUUCCACUCAGGGGAGGGAUCACUACCAACAGUCAAGCUUGAGGGCAAAAAAAAUGGUAAGAUCAGAAGCUAUCUGCAUUAUUUUUAUUCUGGUAUUGGAGGGUUGGUUGCAACUUGCAGUCUCUCACACAAAAGUUGAGUUUCUUCCUGGGUUUCAAGGGCCACUUCCUUUUGAAUUUGAGACUGGAUAUAUUGGGGUGGAUGAAACAGAGGACGUGCAGCUCUUCUACUACUUCGUCAAGUCACAGAGGAACGCAAAAGAGGAUCCUCUCGUCCUUUGGCUAACUGGUGGUCCUGGCUGCUCUUCCUUAUCUGGUCUUAUUUAUGAAAUUGGUCCAAUAUAUUUUGAGGUAGUGGAGUACAACGGGAGCUUGCCUACAUUGGUCCUAAAUCCACACUCAUGGACACAGGUGGCCAGCAUAAUAUUUGUAGAUUCGCCUGUUGACACUGGAUUCUCUUAUGCAAGAACAGCAGUUGCUGCUCUCUCAGGGGACUUCAUCCAAGUUAAACAAGCUGAUCAAUUUCUUAGAAAGUGGCUGACAGAUCAUCCAGAAUUCCUCUCAAAUCCAGUCUAUGUCGGAGGAGAUUCCUACUCUGGCCUUCCUAUUCCACCCUUGGUUCAGCUAAUUUCAGACGGGAAUGAAGAUGGUAGCAAACCACUGAUAAAUCUGAAGGGGUACAUACUUGGGAAUGCUGCUACAGAUUACUCUAUUGAUGACAACUCUAAGGUCCCAUUUGCUCACGGCAUGGGACUUAUUUCUGACGAACUCUAUGAGUCACUGAAGAGAAGUUGUAGGGGAGAGUACACGCUUGUAGAUCCCAGCAAUGCAGAUUGUUUGCAGCUUAUGCAGGAAUUUGACAAGUGUACUUCAGGACUUGACGCUGCACAUAUCUUGGAGCCCCUUUGUGCUUUUGUCUCCCCAAAGCCAAUGGAGAUAUCAUUCCAUAAAAGAAGAUCUCUCAUUCUCAACGACAAUUCUGGAGAUUUGGUUGAUCCUGAUCCAUCACUGCCGACAAUUGGCUGUCGGACUUACGGAUAUCUGCUCUCCAAAUAUUGGGUCAAUGACAAAAAUGUCCAAAAAGCACUUGGCAUUCGAGAGGGAACCAUAGGGGAAUGGACACGAUGCAGUUAUGGAAUCUCUUAUACCCGUGAAAUUUCCAGCACUAUUAAGUAUCAUUUAUACCUGGGAAAAAAAGGUUACCGUUCGUUAGUCUACAGUGGCGAUCACGACAUGCUUGUGCCGUUCGUGGGAACUCAAGCAUGGAUAAAAUCUCUCAACUUCUCAAUUGUUGAUGAUUGGCGACCAUGGCUCCUUGAAGGCCAAGUAGCAGGAUACACGAGGACAUACUCUAAUCAGAUGACAUAUGCGACUGUGAAGGGUGGAGGGCACACAGCUCCUGAAUACAGGCCUGCAGAAUGUUUUUCAAUGUUUAAGAGGUGGAUAAAUCAGGAGCCUUUGUAACUAAGACCUUCGUUGCAAUCCAAAGUGGUGAUAUGGAAAUUUGUGGCUAAUGGGAUCUGAAAAUUCAAGAUAAAUAAACUACCACUUGAAUAAGAGUUGUUGGACAAAGCUUUCUCUCUUUAGUUGCUAUUCUAUACCUUCGUAAAUGUAACUUACUAUACGUUACUUCAGUUACAUGGCUGUAUAAAUUAAUAAAUAAAAAAAAGGGGAGAUUUACAAUUUA